GUUGAAAAAAUAAACAUUGGCUUUAUUUGAUAAUUAAAAAGUAUCUACAAAACUAAAUACCAAUUAUAUGUUAACCGCGUACGAGUUACGAAAAGAUCGAGAGAAAAAAAAACAUGUUUAUAAAAAAAAAUGAAUACACGUUUCACCAUCUGUAGUGACGUCAUUGGGCAUCUGUUGCCCCUGGAUACAUCCGUUUUACAUUUCGUAGUGCGCAUGGGCGCGCGGCAAGGAGCACGUGACCAGCAACGUGUGAGACUCCCCCACCCCCACCCCUGGGUGGCUCGACCAAUCAGCUUCGUGCUGGCGCCUAUACGGACUGGGAAAAGCAAGCGGACGCCCAUGCCCCCCCACGUGCCGCUGCGCUGUGGGGUGCGGCUGAGCCCCCCCGCGCUCGUUCUCGACUACGCGGAGCACGACUCGGGCCGCGUGCGUCGCAGAAUCGUCCCGCUCCGCGCGUUCUCCGCAUUCUCCGAUGUCCCUCAAACCGUGGAGAGACUCGGGCAAAGUGAGCGACAUGGAGAGUUGAUCCGACAGCUGUCCACCACUCAACUCACUCGCCUGCUGCUGAGAAUACGGAUCGGCUCGCAUGGACGGGAUUCACACACCGUCACCGCGUGGCCGGCAGGAGUCGCUGGGCGGGUGCGGCGAGGACCUCAACGGCGUGAGCGACGCGGCGCUGGUGCUGAGCAAGCGCGAGAUGGACCGCGGCUUUGAGCGGCGUCGCCUGAAGCCCGGCGACGCAGGCUACGAGUACGACGUGUCGCGCGACUUCAUGCCGCUUGCACCCAGCGAGUGGGACAGCGACUGAGCCGUUGCCAGUGUCCCACCACCCCCCCUCCCCGCACGGUUCUAUCGAGCAUCGGCAGAUUUAUCUUGCGAAUGCGUUUCGUAAUGACUGUAUCUGCGGUGGGGAGAUGUUAACUACCUCGCCUGGUAUGCAGGAGGUCGUGGGUUCUAUCCCGACCCCGACGCCUGCUGCUGUGUAUUUGGAGUUUGCGUGUCUCUCACCGUGGUCACGUGAAUUUUUU